CUCCAAGUCGACACGUGCAUGCGCAGGGGUGCGCACACAGACGUUCGUCAGAUACACACACUUCAAGUCGAGACGUGCAUGCGCACACAGACAUUCAUCAUGUACACACACUCCAAGUCGACCUGUGCACGCAGGGGUACACACAUAGACAUUCAUUAAAUACAUACACUCCAAGUCAACAAGUGCAUGCGCAGAGGUGCGCCUCCUUGCUGCCCAUGCCCAGCAGCAGCAGGUGCCGGAGGGAUGCCCUCCAACACGGUCACCCACUCCUCAGCAAAGAACUUGCCGCUCACACGCUGCAGUGACCCUGCCUCAGACGAGCCGAUGAACUUGCGCAAUCCGCCGGCGUCCCACUCCUACUCCUCGUGCCCGUCGCGAUCCCAGUGCCCUUGCCGCACGGUGGCGAAUCGGGGCAUCCGCCACCCCCGGUCGGCCAACGCAUGAUGCUCGCGCCGUAGGCCUUCAAUCGUGGUGACUGCGUCGAGGGUCGGCGGUGGGUUCAGACGAGCGGGCAGGGCCGGAUGGGGCCUCGAUACCGCCUGCCUCGCCUCCCUCGUCCCACACGCUCGGAUCCUCACCAGAUCCCCCUGCUCCAACGUGAUCGUCUGCAGGGUCCCUCCAGACAGGCCCUCCACCAUGGCCACAACCACGUCCAAACACCAGUCUGUGAUGGGGAAGGGGAUGCGGAGGAUGAUGGUGGUGACGUGGGUGAGUCGAGCGGCCAGCUGCGUGGUGACGAAGGGGAGAGGGAUGUGCUGCCAGAAGGACAGCUCCCUCGCGGUUGCUGCGCUGAUCGUGAUGUGCGACAGGUGGGCUGCGGUACGCUGCCACAUGGACUUGCCCAGCUGCACCAUCAGGGGGAUGGUGGGCAGGAAUGCCAUCAUGUAACCGAAAAGGCCCUCCUGAAGCGAAGCACACGCAGCACACGCAGGCAGCCACGCAGCCAGUCAGUCACUGGCAGGCACAGCGGCAGUGGCCUCUCUGGCGUGUGGCUGGCUCACCGAGUCGCUGAUCUGCUUGCACAAGCCUCUCUCGCUCUCCUCCCGCCGCUGCCGCUCCUCCUCGCUCUCACCACCACGACCACCACCACCGCCAGGUGCAGCAGCACCCGACGAACACGCAGACGAAGCCGCAGCACCCGCCGCCGCCUUACCGUGACGAGAUCUCUUGAACUGCAGCCACAAACCACACACAGCGAGGCAGACAGCCAGCCGACAUCCGUGCGGUGGAGUGCGCCGUCGAUUGCAAGCGCUCCUGUCAUGCGCCUCAUCUGUCUACUCACCUGUCUACCGUCCUCUUCCAUUGCUGCUGAUACAGAUGUCAUUC